AUGACUUCUAAGUUCCAAGCACAGUGCCGCAAGCAAAAGCUCAAGUGCGAUGUCCAACGACCUUGCACGCUCUGUAUCCGCGCCGAGGUUGAAUGCAUUACUUCUCAGACCCAGAAAUGGAGAUUCCAUCAACCCACACAAAAAGAAACCCCUACCAGAAGUCGGGAACCAGUACCUAAGCGCCGUCGCCUCCCUACUCCGAGAAACCAAUCAUCCACCUCGACGCCCCUGUCUAGUUCCAGACCAGUAGGUCGCUCAAGCUUUGAAUUUCCCGAUCCCAGCCUAAAUCGCGGGCACAAUGACUCUACUGGACACACGCACUGGAACGCUAGCUCUAUUAUCAGUCUCAUAGAAGAGGUAAGAUUGAGUCUGCUCCUCCACUAUGUCAAUGUUUUCACUGAUGCAGCUUUCAAGGCAUUUCAACGUCAUGAAGUUCCAUCCCCCGAGGACACAGAGACUUCUGCAUUACUAGCAAGGAAUGUCCAUAGUCGACAAAUUGCGAGGCAACCAGGCAGUUCUGUUGUUCAUUGGUUUACCUUUCUCUUCCACCAGCAAACCUUUAGGCACAAAUUCCAGAGUUUAUACAACUCCGGGCCAGAGCAGCAUUACGCAACAAACAGCCAUUGUGGCUAUAUCGCUGUAUUCUUAGCUGUUAUUGCGACGAGUCUGCACUACACCAAUGUUGAACAAAAACAGAAGCUUAGGUCCAACGGCAUUGAUACCGAAUUGCUAAAAGACAAGAUAUUGCUAGCUCUCAAGUUGAGAUUCCUAGAUAUCAUUUCAGCAGGCUCCCUGGAAGUGGUUCAGAUGUGUAUCUUACUCGGAAGCUACUACAUCUAUCACGGACAGCCAGAACUAGCAUGGCCACUAUGCGGCAGUGGCUUACGCAUCGCACAAGCACUUAAUCUUCACCGAGAAACACCGCACAAAGAGGAUGACGCAUCAUUCCGACAAAUUAUCGGAGAUCGUAAACGUGCCUGGUGGGCCAUCUACGAAAUCGAGACAUUUUGUUCCAUGCUUUACGGCUUCCCUACAAACAUAUUCGACGGUGAUUGCGAUGUCGCAUUUCUAGACCCUUACGACGAAUGCUCCGGAUCAGUAUCGAAAGGACAGCACGUGUCGAAACCAAAUCUUCUGUUUUUCAAAUGCGCCAUGUCAGAAUUGUCAGCCAUCAUCAAGGGUACCGUGGAUAACUUAUAUCGACCUCGCUCUGGCCAAGUUCAGAAAAACACCGACUACGGGUCUCGACUUAGAAACCUCGUCGAUGAAGUUGAAUCUCUUAAUCAAAAGCUUGUAAACUGCAACGAACGACUUGACACGAAAUUGAGAUUCGACGAUCCGGCUGUUGGUUCUGCUGUGGGUAAUCAUUCCAUUCACAGCUUGGGAACAUCUGAAACUGCCUUUGAAGAACGUCUGUUUAGGUUACAAGCUCUUUCCCUUAAGCUUGCAUACGAGAAUGCAAGAAUCUUGAUUCACAGACCCUUGCUUUCAUUCAAGUUGCUUCAAAGAUCUACUGCUGAUGGAAAUGACCCACAAUCCCGUACCGAUCCCUUUCAAGAAGCCAUGCGUAUAUGUCGUGAUGCUGCAUUGAAGAUAUCAAAGGCCGAUCUGAAAAUUUUCCAAGAAGCUUCUGAGACAUAUGCGAUACAGAGUCUACUCAGAGAAAAGUCAAUCAUUGCCGCACAAGGUCUGGAAAUAACAAAAAGGCUGAUGUCUCUUGUAAUGGCUAAGGAGGUUGAUGCCAUGUUUGAAUUCGAUUCUUCAACAGAAGCAGUCGAUAGCCAACUACCAGGUAGCUUUGCAGCCACUCCUCAUGGCGACAAUGUCAACAGACAGCCUAUACAACUCGUCGGAGACAUGGCUUCAUCACAGUUCUCUGAGUGCCCGCAAUCCGCCACCAACGAGACUAUCUUUUCACUUGGAACUUCUACCAUCGAGCACGAUAAUGAAGCCGACUGUCAUUUGCAAGACUUUUGCGAGAAUAAGUUUCUAGCUGAAGCAAUGCUAGAAUAUGAACAGGGUUUGUGA